GCUGCACUGCAAAGAGAGGCGGACGGAUGGUUGUUCAACCGUAGUAAAUCCCCGCGUCGUUGGCCCGCCCGUCUCGCUUCCAUGCAUAUCAGCCUGUUCGAUUUAGCCCGAGAAAAUCCCCAGAUGGAGUAGUUGGUGUAUUGGAUGACGGAGGAUGGGGGAUGGAGGCGGUCGGGCGAAUGGCAGCACUGUGAAGGGCAGACAUGAGCAAGUCAUGGAUGUUUCCGUUCAUGGAAGGUGCCAAUGUUCGCUCGCCCUGCGCGUCGCGUCGAACUUCUGUGUUUCCAUUCCCCGUUUAUCCAACAAUACCAUCUUGUGGCAUGUGUACAGAUGGUCCGCAUAUGGGGCCACGAGCUCAUCGCGAAUUCAAAUCACCGCAUCACCGCACCACGCUAGCACCGCCUCGUUGGCAUCAAUGCAAUGGUGACGGGCUCGACCACGCCGUGAGACAUGGAGCUGAAGCACAUGAGCUCGGACGUCCUGCACAGAUAGAGAUGCGUGGAGGGGAUGGGGGGAGACGAUAUAUAACCGAACCGAGAAGGGCCGAGCCGUUGGAAGGCCAGUUAGCAUGUAUAUUCCAUUCCAUACUGUUGCUGUUUACGGAAAGUGUUGUAGACUUGGGGUUGGAUGUUUGGGGGGGUGGGCUGCGUGAGCGAGGGAUGCGGGUGACUGCAAAGCUCAUUGGCUACAGAUCGGGGGUGCGAACCUGGAAGUUAUCCUCGGAUAACGGCAGGAUUAGGGUGACCUGGCGCUGCGGAAUCUGGGGAAGGAUCAAAAAAGAUGGCGCUUUGCGAAAAACCUCCGAGAUGCCGUAGCGGCGCAUUGCAGCCAGCAUGCGACAGGCUGAGGUACAUACACAGGACGGCUCGAUUGAGGCACCUGAAAAGGGAUGUCUGGGCGACGAGAGGGAAGUACCCAAAUAGCCUUAAAGUGCAAGUACCUGCGGUAAUAAAUCGGCUGCUUUCGAGUACCGGGG